UGAUAUGGUAACACUAAAUUCAAAUAUGUCGUUGAUGUAACGGCCAUAUUUUUUAAAGUUUUGGUGUUCCGUUUCUAAUUUGUGCAUUUUCAACUACAACAAAGUAUUUUUGCAUUCUUUGUGUUCAAUUUUAUAGAAACGCAUAAGCAUUUAGCAUUAUAUUGGACAGUAACACACGGUGAAAUAAAAUUUGAGAUAUUUUAUGUCCAAUCUGAAUGUGAAAUUUUUUUGAAAAUAGAAUUCAAUGGUGUAACAAUCUGACUACCACUUUUCAACAUAUCCUAAAACUAUGAAAUAUUCGACAAUAGAUUGGUACUAUUAAAAGUAAUUCCACUUCCUUGAUCAUCGUUACCAAAUCAACAAGGACAUGACAACGCCUUACGGCUUAUAAAUAGUUAUUUUCACACUAAGAAGAUAAACUGAUGAAAAUGGUGGAAGAAAAGAAUACUACAAUAGAUACGGUGCAGGUUGCGCUUCGCAUCAGGCCGUUGAUGCAGCAGGAGAUCGAGAGAGGCUGCGAUGAGUGCAUCGACGUUGUGCCAGGAGGUCCUCAGGUGCAGAUUAAAGAUCUCGCGUUUACAUACAAUUAUGUUUUCGCUCAGCACAUCACGCAACAAGAAUUCUACGACACAGCAGUUAAAGGACUUAUUGGAAAACUUUUUCAAGGGUACAAUGUUACUAUACUUGCAUAUGGACAGACUGGUUCUGGAAAAACCUACACAAUGGGCACCAACUACUCAGGGUCUGAUGGCGAUUCUACCAAGUUAGGUGUAAUUCCGCAAGCAGUAGCAGAUAUUUUUGACUAUGUUGAGACACAUGAAGACAAGUUUGUAUUCAAAGUUAGUGUUUCCUUCAUGGAAUUGUACCAGGAGCAAUGCUACGACUUGCUCUCCGGCAAGGAGAGAGGACACAGUAUUAUUGAAAUAAGGGAGGAUAUUAAUAAGGGUGUUGUUUUACCAGGUAUAACUGAGUUACCGGUAGCGUCCACAAUGGAAACUAUGAUGGUACUUGAGAGAGGAUCUUCCAGAAGAGUGACAGGUUCCACAGCCAUGAACCAGGCGUCUAGUCGAAGUCAUGCCGUCUUUACCAUUGUUAUAGCUAAGGAAAGCCGAGCUGACAAAAAUGUAGCAACAACAUCAAAGUUCCAUUUAGUGGAUUUGGCUGGUUCAGAACGAAUUAAAAAAACGAAAGCAAGUGGUGAGCGUCUCAAGGAAGGUGUGAAAAUCAACCAAGGACUGUUGGCGCUUGGUAACGUCAUAUCGGCGUUAGGAGACGGCACAAAUAGGAGCUAUAUAAGUUACAGAGAUAGCAAACUUACUAGAUUACUGCAAGACAGUCUUGGCGGCAACUCAUUGACGUUGAUGGUGGCGUGCGUGAGUCCUGCGGACUAUAACUUGGACGAGACCGUCUCCACGCUCCGGUACGCGGACCGCGCGCGACGGAUCCGCAACAAGCCCAUCAUCAACCAGGAUGCGAAGGCCGCUGAGAUCGUCAGGUUGAACAACUUAGUUAACGAACUACGCUUACAAUUGCUCGGCAAAUUACCGACAGUCAGUGAACAAAAUAAUGAGCAAUUACAAGAAGAAUUAGAUAAAGAAAAAGCAAAAUACGCCGAAUUAUUAAAGAAACACAAGCAAGUAACGGAACAUCUCGGGAACAUGCUCAUCGAAAACACGAAUUUAUGCGAAAAAGCACUUUUAGCAGAAGCCGCUAAAGACAAAAUAGAACGUAAACUAAAUGAAUUGACUGAACAAUGCAACCAGACUAUAGAGAAUUUAAACACCACUGAUAGAACAGAUGAGGAGCACCAGAAGACAACAGUUGUGGACUAUUUGAAAGAAAUAAAAACUAGAUUGGAAGAUUUGCAGUCGGUGAAUUUGAAGACCAAUGAAGAACUGAUAGACCAUGAGAUUAAGCUGUCAUUUGUUAAGGAUGACAAUGAACAUGACAAGGUUGAUGACGAUGUUCUACUGAAUGAGGAUCAGGCGGUAUUAGAGGAGGAGAAGAGAGCUAUGGGACAGGUGGCACUUAACCAAGAACUGCAAGAGCUGAACCGAGCGAUGGCGAUCAAGGCCUCCGUGGUUCAAGCUAUACUGGCGAAUAAUAAGGAGAUGUUGGAUUCUCACAACAACCUCAAGGAAAAUGAAGAAAAGAUUGCUCACUUGGAGAAGGAGAGAGAUGAACUAUUGCAACAGUUGAAGCAGACUAAGAACAAGGAUCCAUCUCAUGAAGAACGCCGCACGAAGAUCACAAGUCUGGAGUCAGAAAUUUCAGAUCUCAGAAAGCGAUGCCAGCAACAGGCCAAUAUUAUCAAGACUAAGGAAAAGAAUGAAGCUAAGAUUGCUGCACUUAAUGCUGAACUCCAAGCCAUGAAAGUGACUAAAGUGAAAAUAAUAAAACAAAUGCGUGAAGAGAGUGAAAAGUUCCGCAAAUGGAAGGCAGAUAACGAACGCGCAUUAUUGCGCCUGCGCACUGAAGAUCGGAAACGCGCCACCGCCAUGGCCAAGAUGGAGUCACUCCACGCCAAACAGCAGAAUGUACUUAAGCGCAAGAUGGAGGAGGCAGUCGCUGUUAACAAGAGACUUAAGGAAGCUCUAGAUCGCCAGAAGCAGACGGCGAUGAAGCGCAAUGCGAAAGGUAGCGUGAAGGCGGGCGCCGUGCAACUUUACAUCGAGCAGGAACUCGAGGUGCAUCUGAGUAUUGUGGAGGCUGAGAAAUCGCUUGAGGAGUUGAUGGAGUACAGAGCAUGGAUAACAGAACAAAUCGAGAACCUACGUAACAGCACGGAUGACGAAGCCAACAGAAAGAAAAUAGCAGAGCUCGAGGACGAUCUCGCGCUGCGUAAAGCACAGAUAUCAGACUUGCAACAGAAGAUAUUGACGGCCGAUCAAGAAAACAAAUCUCGAACACAAUGGGACAACAUUCAAUCUAUGCUGGAAGCUAAAGUGGCCUUAAAAUGCCUGUUCGAAUUACUUGUUGACGCUAAGAGAGAGCUACAGAACCAGAGCGAGAAAGGAUAUCAGGCGCGUUAUGAAGAGGUGAAGGAAGCUCAUGACAGACUGGCAGUUGAGUUUGAGAACAGCAAGACCGAGUUUGAAAGACAAUUGGCUACUGUGAAGAUGCAGAGUGAACAGAAAUUGUCAGCGCUAGUGGCCCUCCAACGAGGCGUGGUCGGCAAAGGAGAUAAGAGCGAGGCAUGCAAGCACUUGCAGAACGUCAUACAAUACCAGCAGGACAAACUAGAACAGUUCGAGGAAGAUAAUGUAUGUCUCAUCUAUACAUAUCUGUUGUGAAUGAUAUUAAACGCCACUUUGAAUGACUCGUUCCCGGCAAAAAAGUCUAAAAAGCGGACGAACAAGAAGGAGUCCGCGACGGACGCCGUGAGGAAGGUGGAAUACGUAGAACCCACUGAUGAAGAAGACGACGAGUUUGAGGAUCGCGACAAGGACCCUGACUGGAGAGCCACACCAUUAUUCAAACGGAUACAGGCGCAGCGUUCCCGGCUGACGAUGAACUUCACGCAAGUGGCGGACACGUCGUCGUCGGUGAGCGACGUGUCGUCGCGCGCGGUGAAGCGCUCGAGCGACGGCGCGCCGCACUGCGUGUGCCGCGGCAGCUGCUCCACCAAGAUGUGCGGCUGCGUCAAGAGCGAGCUCGGCUGCGGGCCCGCCUGUCGCUGCCAGCCCGCGCUCUGCAAGAACCGACGACUCUCCUCCGACACGGAGGACAAGGAGAACCAGCCAUCAGGACCUGAAUUAUCACUUGACACCACGCCGCCUUCCUACUUCGACAAACGAUUCGAAACGUCACAAGAGUUGUACGCAAGCGACAGCCAAUCGAAUACGCCUACGAGUUCCCGCCAUAAUGUACGUCAAAAGAGGCCGCUGAGCGAAAGGAGGGUACAAGCAAAUAAUGCGCAGAAAUGGAUGUUCGCUCUACUAUUGUAUAAUACAUGCGUAGCUCCAAUGUCGACUUACUGCGCCAACAAUAUCCUCCAAUACGGCAUGGACGCCGCGAAAUAUAACGUCGUCUCGAACAUUCUCAAAUAUCUCAUGCGUCAGAGGUCACCUUGAUGCCACAUACGUUAAAAAGAAGAAAAGCUAUUUCUUUCCCCAUGAUCAGGGAAAUGGCGAAUCCCGCGCAACAAAGACUGAAUAAUAUUCGUAUAUCAGCAAGCCUGACUCCUCUAAGUGAACUCAAAUUGACAAUGUACCACGCAAGUGCCUUCGAUUCGAAAUCUUGUCCAUGAUAACUAAAUAAAGUGUAUAAUGUAUUACAUAUAAUUUUAGUAUAAAGAAUGGAUUUUCGUGUCGCCAUUUUAAGUUGAUUGAAAAUCUUGUCUGCUUAUAUUGACUUAUUUUAUAAAUUUGAAGAGUAGAUCUCUAAAUGAAUAAAGUAAUAUUUAUUGUAAA